AUGACGGUUGCUAGUCAUGUGGCGGAAAUAGUAAGGCAAGGGAUUUGGGCAUCGCUAACCGGUGGAUGGUACUAUGAACCAGGCUACACGCUGUUCUGCAAUGCUGUUCAUUUGUAUUUAUGGCUCAUACUCUUUCUUAUCCCUCUGUUACUUGGACUAUCCUUUAAUAGUGUCACGUCUGUGUACGUUAUAGUGGCAUAUGUAACCUUUAUCAUUCUUCUCUUUAUAAUACUUAAAUUCACGGUCUCAUAUUUGCACAACUUGUUUGACACUGUUGAUCCAAUUCCUUAUCCACCCAGCCGAUCGCUAAAGAUUGAAAGUUUUUCGUGCGAGACAGCGCAACACUCGAAUGAAAAGCUUGGAGAUGAAGAAAUUGAAAUGGUGGAUUUGCGGAAGAAAGAUAAUGAUGAAGCUGAAAGUAUAAAUUGUAGUCUAUCUCGGGGCGCGUUAGGACGUCGACGGUGUGUACGAAUUGGUGGCAAUUCUGUUUCAUCUAUAGAUACGGAAAUACGGUUUCGCAAGGAAGCAUGUGGCGAAUGGGGUGAAGAUCGCAGUGGUCGGCAAUCCGGACAGGGAUUGCUUACACCGCCAAUAACAACGCUUCUUCCUGUAGAUAGUCUUGAAUUGUUGCCGACUGGAAUAAGGCAUCAAUCAGACAAUGGCAAAAGUCAGUGCACUGGAAUCGAUCGGAAGUUUUCUGAACCGUGUUUGAAAGAAAUGCACAGAUGGAAUCGAACACGACGUCGACAUUUCAGCGAUAUUGGUCCUUCUAUACGUCGUGCAAAAUCAACUUCCGAAACUUCAAAUAAAGAAGGUGUUAGUAGUAGGUCGAUGUUAAGUGAGCGAACGUUAGAAGAAUGCAAACGGAUAACUCGUAAAUCUUACCCGACAAAAAUGAGUAGUACAUCAGUUUUUCUAUCAAGUGCUCUAACAAAACGUAUCUCUCCAUCUCAUUCAGAUGGUCUCACUUUUGACAGUAAGUUGAAAACUAGCUCGAGUGAUCUAUAUUAUUUAAAUAAGAAGAAUCCUAUUAUGUUCGAUGAAGGCAACGAACAACAAAUUUCAGAAAGAAUUAAUGUGUUAGACAUACCAUCUACUAGUAAAGAAGCUGAAAAAAAAACUUUUGUUAUGGAAACUGUCGUACACCUAAAGCCAGAUUCUGAACUGAAAACAAAUGUAUCUUCGGGUGAAGGUUGGAGACCUAUUUUUGUUUCCCUUGGUGAUUUGGAAAGACCAUCAACAAGUACAUUACAUCGAACGUCAGAGCGGAUCAACGGAGGCGAUAGCGUCUCAAUAAUUGGGAACAGCUCUAGAGGAAUGGAUUUGAAGAGUGAAAUUACAAAGUUUCUGGAAGAAUUGAUUGAUAAGCAUCCGGAAACACUGGAUGCUAUUGAAAGUGUGAGAAUGAAUAGAUUAGGGCGAGGUCUCGGUUCUGCAAACUCUUGCCUUCGCUCUCAUCAGCCGACUUUGACACAACCGAGAAUGGUUGAGAGGAGUUCUGCAACAGUAGCGGCACUUUCGAACUUGGCUAUGAAAGACGGUACACAUGUCGCAUUAGAUCACGAGGAUACUUCGCAAGGAGCCGUUCAUUCAUUCCAGGAUGAAGAUGGAAAUUGGUGGACAUACGUUUUUGAUGAGCAUGGUGUUGGAACUGCUCAUGCGUUGGGUAGUAGUCGUGCUUUAAUGGAAAUGAUUCAGAGCAACAACACUACAGCUAAUGUAAAACUAGCAGCCUUACCAGAAAGUGAUUCUGAUUCAACAGAAGAUUCUUAUAUCGAUCCAUCCGCAGCAGCAAAUAUAGCUGGAAGUUGUUCGCGUACGCUUUUGGAAGGCGCAUCUUUAUCUACUGCCGACCGAUGUAGGGCGUUGUCAUCUUCAUCAACAGAAAGUAGCACGUACAUUGCGGAUACUCCUAGUGCUAUUUAUCACGCUUCAAGCUCUGCAUUGAUGUCGAGACAUCCAAAUCGUGAUAGGCAAAUAGUAUCGUUUUCCAUGAUGGCUGCUCGACUUAGAAAUGCUACUAGGCGGCGCUCACAUGGGAGUUUUAUUCGUGGAAAUAACUUUGUUGAAGAACAGGUCACAGAAAGAAUUCCUCAAUUAACUCACCUGAUAUCAACUAGUGAACACCAAAGAGUAUUAGAUGAUGCUAGUCGCACAUCUCUACGUACCGGGUCACCGCGGGUCCUCCGUCGCAUGCCGUUCUUUUCCGAUAUAUCUGGAAUUGGUACAUUAGAUUCAAGCCGAGUUAGUACUCGGAAAAAAAGUCAUUACUAUCGAAUUAAACUGUUUCCUUCCCUUACUGGCGGAAAAGGAAUAAAAUUGGAGAUGGAUAGGCUUUCAGUGGCAGCUUUAUUUGAUCGUAACAGUACAUUGUUUUCAAUUCUAUUUGAUAUAUGUCUCGCAUCGGUGGUUGCGCUUCUAACGGCAAUCGUCCUCUCACGUUCCAUCUAUUACGAUUUAUCUCUCGUUCUUUUCGCUUUCGUUGUUGCCGGAACACAUUUUUCUUUACUAAAAAGCGUGCAGCCAGAUGCGGCAUCACCAAUACAUGGAUUUAAUUGGCUUGUGACAUAUUCAAGACCAAUUUACUUUUCGAUUAUUGCCGCAGCACUGCUCCUGAUAAGUGAUGGUUGGUGGGAUUAUCGGGAUGCAAUCAGUUCUGUAGAAUGGGAAUGGAAUUUUUAUCGUAUACGUAAUGUUUCAUUAACAUCUAUUCUUCUGGCCUGUCGUGAUAUAUUGUCAGUUUUAUUAAUUCUGUUACCUAUUGGUUUUACUUUCGGGCUAUUACCACAGGUAAAUACAUUAGCACUGCAUUUAUUGGAGCAAGUCGAAAUGAAUGUUUUUGGUGGUACUGCAAGUUUUUCCUUGUUAUCCGGAUUUAUUCAAAUUAGUAAAAGUUUAAUGGCUUUCGGCUUUCUCUGCUUCAUCUCAAAAGCUGCAAAACAUGCAGACCCCAAUGGAACACAGAAUGCCUUUUUUUCAGCAUUUGCUGCAACAGCCAUUGCUGUUUCCUACCUCCUUGCAAGAAGCACGAGCAAUCCUGGUCAUAUGGCAUUAAGUUUCCGUUACAUGAUUUCGUCGUCGAAAUGUGUUCAGUUAGAUGCGAAUCAGGAAACAGAAAGUGAAAUGAAUGACGAUGCAACUCCGUGCUUAAAGGAUCCACUACCGAAGGAGUUGCGAGCUGUAAUUAUGAAUCGAAUCAGAAACGACGUUGUUGUUUCACUUAUGAUUUUGCUACUGUUUUUUGCGCUUCACUGCACUUCGGUUUUCACUGCUGCCCAACCAUUUUUGCAAGUAGUAACAUGUAUUGUGUGCAUAAUUUUUGGAUUCAUCAAUCAUUAUUUAUAUAUGGAACUACGAAAAAAUACGCCGUGGCGUAUCUUCGCACGGCCGAUUUUACGUGCUCAUGAAUUUGCCCAAUUUGAAUCAUCGGUUGCUGCAAAGCUGAUGUAUUUUGAAAUUAUUCACUUUUAUAUGCUUGCCAUUGAAAGAAAUGUGUUGUAUCCGUUAUUGGUGACAAGUACAAUAACGAAUAACAAGUGGGCAUUGCAUCCUUAUUUCAUUGCUCUUUUCGCAUUGCGUAUUCUUCGUUCCGCUUUCUCACAACCACAACUCAUGUUUUUACCGUUGGCAUUCUCCUUUCUUUUAACGCAAGCAGAUCUUGCCAAGUACUCUGAUAUUGACCGGUACUUUCCGUUGCUUUUUUAUUUUGCCGCACUUGUUUGGCCAAAACUUUUGGAAUUUUCGCUGAAAAUUAAUUUUAUUCUUGCAUAUGUCGCACCGUGGCAAAUCAGCUGGGGUUCGGCAUUUCAUGCUUUCGCACAGCCAUUUAGUGUGCCUCACACAGCUUUAUCUUGUAUCCAAACAAUGCUUUCUUCCAUGAUAUCUGCUCCACUCAAUCCUUUCUUAGGUUCAUCAUUUUUCUUGACAUCCUACGUACGACCAGUGAAAUUUUGGGAAAAGGAUUACAAUACGCGUUGUGUAGAUCAUUCAAAUACACGUCUAAUUUCACAGAUUGAUCGUGGGCCAAUGAUGGAUGAUAGUAAUUUAAAUGCUAUCUUCUAUGAGCACUUAACAAGAUCACUGCAAUCAUCAUUGGCGGGCGAUAUUCUCUUGGGGCGUUGGUCCACUGCUGUACAACCUGGAGACUGCUUCAUUUUAGCUAGCUAUUAUUUGAAUUGUCUAGUACAUAUUAUUGAGGUCGGCAAUGGUUUUGUGACAUUUCAACUGCGGGGUCUCGAAUUCAGAGGAACAUAUUGUCAUCAGCGUGAGGUUGAAGCAAUAAGUGAAGAUGUUGGGGAGAGUAUGGGUUGCUGUUGUUGUUCUUUGCGUUCACUUCCUUGUAUGUUGUCGUUAAAUACAGCUUGGAUUUUGCGAUGGCUAGCAUGGGAAGUUGUUACGGCGAAAUACAUUGUUGAUGGUUACUCAAUUACUGACAAUUCCGCUGUAAAUUUGCUCCAGGUACACGAAUUACGUCGACUAUUAGUUACUUUGUAUGUGAAGAGCAUUAUAUUUUAUGCCCUUAAUUCACCAAAAUUUACGCAGUGGAUUCGGCUACCUAAUAUUGUAUGUGCUUUUGAAAGACUCUGUGCUCUACAGCCAAUUGAAACAAACAAUCGAUAUGUUGACCUGGACCCAAUGUUUAGCGCUGCGAAUGACGAAGAUUUCGAUAUCAACCUUAUGGGCGUUUCCCGGCAAAGUUUCACGGAGCUGUAUGAGAACUGGAUACUCCAUUGCGUAGAGCAACAUGCACAAAACAAUACCGAUUUGAAUGCUGAAAAAACUAAUACCAACAGAAUUAAUGCAUUUUGCUUUGCACUUUCGGUAGUUGGACGACGAGCACUUGCAGCUGCAGCGCAUAAUCGCCAUGCAAAUGCUGCUGAAUCAUUUCUUUAUGGUUUACAUGCUUUAUUUAAAGGCGAUUUUAGGAUAACAUGCCAGCGCGACGAAUGGGUGUUUGCCGACAUGGAUUUAUUGCGAUGUGUGGUAGCGCCAGCGGUAAGAAUGGCACUGAAAUUACAUCAGGAUCAUUUUACUGCCGGAGAUGAUUUUGACGAUGCUGCAUUGCUCUAUGAACGCAUUAUACAUCACUUGACAAGACUAUUUAUUUCGCAUGAACAUGAUCCCGCAUGGAGAAGAGCUAUUAUAGCAAAUACACCGAGCCUGUUAGCCCUGCGACAUAUUUAUGACGAUGGUCAAGAUGAUUACAAAAUCAUCAUGCUGAACAAAAUGCAUCUCAACAUGAGAGUGAUAAAAUUGAAUCGCGAAUGUGUUCGUGCGUUUUGGGCUGGGCAGCAGCAGGAGUUAAUUUUCCUGCGAAAUCGGAAUCCGGAAAGAGGGUCGAUCCAAAAUGCUCGUCAAGUUUUGAGAAAUAUGAUAAACAGCAGUGCGGACCAGCCAAUUGGGUAUCCAAUUUAUGUAUCUCCUCUCACCACUUCUUUUGUUGAUUCACAUCCUCAAGUACGCUCAUUAAGUAUCCCACUAAUGACAUUUGAACUUAUAUCGCGAUCUCUUCGCUUUUUACGGGCCUCACUAAGAAUGAAUUUUGGUACCAGUGGAAGCAGAAGCAGUAAUAUACCAACACAGCUCAUGAUGGCAACAUCUACGACAGGAAUUGUAACACGCACUAAUUCAAAUAACGAAGGCCAAACUAGCGCGGGACAUCAAAGUGGGACACUCACAUUUGCUGCUACAUCUGCCGGACGUUAUGCAGCUGCACCUUCGAUCGCCAUGCUUAGACAGGAAAACUCUAUUGUUUCGUUUGCUGGUGAUGGCGUUACGAAAGUAACACUGUGCAAAGAUGCUCUAAAAUCCCUCGAGUUAAAUGAUAUGACGCAUAAAAGUGGAUUACUACUAGAUUCUUCGCGAGGUGAACAAACCCAGUACGCUAAAAUUACAGAUAUGGAACAGGUCUUCACAUGCCUAGACGAGCCCUUAAAAUCGACUGGUGAACCGCUAGUUACUUGGCCGCAUAUUCGGUGGCAAACACUCGGUGGUCGUAGUUCAUGGGAUUGGACGCCAUUGGAGGGGCACCGAGGCAAAGUUGUACAUAAAUGGGUACCACUUCAUCCGCGGCGUGAACGACGAUCACAUGCAGGAACGAUCUAUUUGCUAUGCGUAAAGGAAAUGGGUGGUUGCUAUGUUCCUGUUGGUGAGAAUGGAAUCGAAUUCAUCACAAAAGAAGAGUACGAAUGUGAUGCGAAAGCUGAAAUGGUUGUUAAAAAGGAAACUUUGAAGGCUUGA